AUGCUCAGCCGUUCCGUACUGCCGCUCGCAAGGGCUCGUCCUGUGCCCUCGGCCCUCCGUUCGCCUCUCACGGCAUCUCCAUAUCCACGAUGGUACGCUCAGGGUAAUAAACCGCGGACGCCGUACGUCCUUCCCAAUCAAAAAGCGAAGCCAGCACAGUCGAAGGCUACCCCAUCGCAGAAGAACACAUCAACGAAGAGCCAGCCGACGCAGCAAAAGUCGAAACCAACUGUUGUUGGCACUACGUCAAAAGCAAAGGCCGCAGCAAGCGCCUCGUCCGGUGCUUCUACGAAUGCAUCUGAAACACCCAAGUCUGAACCCGAUGUGUCACCCGAACAGCCCGAAUUUGAGACCGUAGCUCAGGCCGAAAAAACACCGCAACCUCUCCCGGAUUUGACACAAGGUAUCCCAUCGACGUUGGGAGCCGAACUCGACGCAGCGCGCAAAGGACGCAAAACAACUUCCCUCAAUCUGACUGAAGAUCCUUCUCAAGAUGACUACGAAGAUGAAGGCGCCGGUGGUGGCCGAUCAAGCGAUGCAUAUGAGUCUUCUUUGGACCGUCGCAGAGCUCGUCUCGCCAACGUGAUGUAUGGUAUUCUGCUUGGUGGUAUCCUCGGUGGAACCGUCUAUAUGGGCCGAAACUGGGAUUCGGAGGAAGAAGCUAGACUUCACAAAGACGCUCCAUCUGGAUGGGGCAUUAGACUCUUCUAUGAUCGAAUCAAGGCCCGUAUGGAUAGCUUCACUAGCUAUUACAGAGAUCCUGCCUUUGACAAGUUGCUGCCCGAAGAAGACCCCUCGUUGAGACAGCCUUAUACAUUGGUGCUAAGUCUGGAAGAUCUCCUAGUCCACAGCGAGUGGACGAGAGAACACGGUUGGCGUGUGGCCAAGCGACCUGGUGUCGACUAUUUCUUACGCUAUUUGAACCAGUACUAUGAGCUUGUUUUGUUCACCAGUGUUCCAAGUAUGAUGGCGGAUCAAGUCUUGCGAAAGCUCGAUCCUUUCCGCAUCAUCAGAUGGCCGUUGUUCCGUGAGGCCACUAAGUACAAGGAUGGAGAAUACGUUAAGGAUCUAUCUUACUUGAACCGUGAUCUAUCCAAGGUCAUUCUCAUCGAUACCGUACCUGGUCACGCACGUGAACAACCAGAAAACGCCAUCAUUCUACCCAAAUGGAAAGGCGACACCAAGGACAAGUCGCUCGUUGCUUUGAUUCCAUUCCUCGAAUACGUAGCAGGCAUGAACGUUGAGGACGUUCGCCCCGUCAUCAAAUCCUUCGAGGGAACCUACAUCCCCGCCGAAUUCGCCGCACGCGAGAAGGUGAUGCGCGAGAAAUUCCAGAAACAAUUGGAAGAAGAACAAAAGAGCCGACCCCGCCGUGGUGUAGGCAGUCUUGCCGCUCUUCUCGGCUUGAAGCCACAGAGCUCUAUUGACGGCCAAGGCGCCUCCGAAGAGAAGAUGCUCUGGGACCAGAUCCGUGAACGCGGCCAGAAGAACUAUGAGAUGAUGGAGCAAGAAAUCCGUGAGAACGGAGAGACCUGGCUCAAGAUGAUGGCCGAAGAAGAGGAGAAGGCACGACAGGAGCAGAUGAAGAAUAUGAAAGGAAGUCUGACCGGCUUCUUUGGUGCUUCAGGAGAGGGCGAGAAGAAGUAG